UUCCCUUGGAUUUCCUCCAUCGGGGCACUGCUGCUCCUCUCCAAGCUCUCACCCACUCCAGGAUGUCCCUGGGCACCCCCUGCCCACAUCCACCCCGGGAUGCUCCUGGGAAUCCCUUCCCUGUGCCCUCGCCCACCCCAGGGAAUACCCCUGGGCAUCCCCUCCCCGUGCCCUCAUCCACCUCUGGAUGCUCCCAGGCAAUUCCUUCUCCUCGCCCACCCCAGGGACGCUCCUGGGCAUCCCCUCCCUGUGCCACCGCCUGCUCCGGGGUGUUCCUGGGCACUCCAUGCUCCUGCCCUCACCCACUUUUGGGCUGUCCCUGGGCAUCCCCUUCCCGUGCCCUCGCCCACCCCAGGGAUGAUCCAGGCAAUUCCUUCUCCUCACCCACCCCAGGGAUGCCCCACAGCUCCCAGACGUUUAACUCCAGCCCCUCCCGCCCCAUUUCCAGCCUUUGCACCGAAAUCGGACGAAUUUCAGGGUCUUCUCCCCGCGCGCCUUGCCCGUGACGUCACGCUCCCCUCCCCGUGUGACGUCACGGCCCCCCGGUGGCGUCACCGCGGCGCGCGGCGGGGGUGAGCGCUCCCGGAAGGGGCGGGGCCUAAAGCGGCGGCACUUCCGGGAGCGGCGCGGGGCGCAGGGGGAGCAUGAGCUGGAUCCCGUUCAAGAUCGGGCAGCCCAAGAAACAGAUUGUACCCAAGACAGUGGAGAGAGACUUUGAAAGGGAAUAUGGGAAGCUGCAGCAAUUGGAAGAUCAGACCAAAAAACUUCAGAAGGAUAUGAAGAAAAGCACAGAUGCAGAUUUGGCCAUGUCCAAGUCUGCUGUGAAGAUCUCCUCGGACCUGCUGUCCAACCCCCUGUGUGAGCAGGAGCCCGCCUUCCUCGAGAUGGUCACGGCCUUCGACACGGCCAUGAAGAGGAUGGACUCCUUCAACCAGGAGAAGGUGAAUCAGAUCCAAAAGACAGUCGUAGAGCCUUUGAAAAAGUUCAGCAGCGUCUUCCCGAGCCUGAACAUGGCCGUGAAGCGCCGCGAGCAGACGCUCCAGGACUACAAACGCCUGCAAUCCAAGGUGGAAAAAUACGAGGAAAAGGAGAGAACCGGCCCCGUCCUGGCCAAGCUGCACCAGGCCCGGGAGGAGCUGCGCCCGGUGAAGGAGGACUUUGAGGCCAAGAACAAGCAGCUCCUGGAGGAGAUGCCCAAGUUCUACAGCAGCCGCAUCGAUUACUUCAAACCCAGCUUCGAGUCGCUGGUCCGGGCGCAGGUUGUCUACUACACGGAGAUGCACAAGAUUUUUGGGGACCUGACUGCGCAGAUCGACCGGCCCGGGCUGAGCGACGAGCAGAGGGAGCAGGAGAACGACGCCAAGCUCAGCGAGCUCCGCGCGCUCUCCAUCGUGGCCGACGACUGAGGCGAGGAUGGGGAUGGGGAUCCCCCCCUUUGAUCCCAGCUCCCAUCCCAGGGAUGGAUCUGGGGGGCUGGAGCUGCUCCCGUCACCCCACAGCUCUGCGCUCCUGCCCGGGUGAGGGUGAGGAGGCUGCCAGGGUCAGGAUCGUCUUUGUCAAUCCACAAAUGAGUUUUGCCUUAAAUUGGGGGGUGUUGGAGGAGCAGGAUGAAGAUUAGGAUGUGGGGUGCUGGAUUUUCCCAGAUUCCAGCCUCCCUUGGCACCCCCAGCACCCAGAGGGUGAGACCCCCCCCUCCUCCUCCCCCUCAUUUUGUGCCUUAGGAGCCCAGUGCCCCCCCUCAGGGCAGGGCAAAAAUCACUCAAAUCCCAUUUUUUGAGGCCUGGGCAGAGGGCGAUGCUUCCCGUGGCGAGCAUCCAGCCCCCUUUUCCCAGGAAUGGUACAAAGAUCCUCUACCCUAGAGCUGGGGGGUGCCCAGGGAGGGGACAGGGGACCCCAGAGCAGGGAAAAUCCCUAAAGGGAAACAACCCAGCCAGGAGCAAACCUAUGGAAAACCGGGGGGGUUUCAGCCCCUCUUCGGUGUGCGGGGAGGGGGCACAGGGGCUCCGUCGCUUGUCCCCAAUAAAGUUUUUGGCAGCGCA